AGCCGCUGAGUAGCCAUUUUGGUCCCACCUAAAACAGACAGACCCGCUUCACUUUGGGCCGCUGGAGAUGGGAGAAACCGAGCCUAUGGCGAGCGUUUCAGUCAUCCGGACCUUUUAAAACCGUCUGCCAAACACCCACCUUUACCACCGAAGGUCAUGUUGUUUUUUUAAAGCGAGUCAUCUUUGGGGGGAAGAAAGAGGACUGUGGUGAUUUUUGGAAGUGACGACCGACAGCGCCUUCACGUUAGUUUAGUUAGCUUCACUGACUGAAAGCCGAACGGACAAACGGACUCCGGCUACCCUGUCGAGUCAAACAAAGGUUACAGCAGGAACAUGUUAUCUCCGCAGCUUAAACACUAAAUACAAGUUGAUUGUAAUUUUUUAUUUUAGUAUUUUUUUUACGCUCCGGAAUAUCUCAGGUGCUUGGCUCUAACACGUCCGGUCUGGGCUGAAAAUUGUCACGAUCCAUGCUGAGCCUGUUUUUCCACAGAGAACUGCAAAGCAAAGCAAUAAUAACCAGAUUUCUUGGCUGGUGGAUUUAAAACUGAGGAUUAUUUUUUCAGCUCAAACUGCUCCUGGUUAAGGAAGACCUAAUAAAUGAUGUCAACAAAAACUCCUCUACCGACGGUCAACGAGAAGAUGACGGAAAGUCACACAUCUCACAGCAACGGGCGCCAGGAGCUCAGCACACGCUCAGGUCGGACCGGCAUGCGAUCCCGCAGCUCGGACGAGUCGCAGCAACCCCAUGUGGGCAACUACCGGCUGCUCAAGACCAUCGGCAAAGGCAACUUCGCCAAAGUUAAACUAGCCCGGCACAUCCUCACCGGCAGAGAGGUGGCAAUUAAGAUAAUAGACAAGACACAGCUGAAUCCAAACAGCCUUCAGAAGCUUUUCAGAGAAGUCAGAAUAAUGAAGAUCUUAAAUCAUCCCAAUAUUGUCAAGCUGUUUGAGGUGAUUGAGACGGAGAGGACCCUCUACCUUGUGAUGGAGUACGCCAGUGGAGGUGAGGUGUUCGACUACCUGGUUGCACACGGAAGAAUGAAGGAAAAGGAGGCCAGGGCUAAAUUUAGACAGAUCGUAUCGGCGGUGCAGUACUGCCACCAGAAGCACAUUGUUCACAGAGACCUCAAGGCGGAGAACCUGUUACUAGACGCGGACAUGAACAUAAAGAUUGCCGAUUUCGGCUUCAGCAACGAGUUCACUUUAGGCAACAAGCUGGACACGUUCUGCGGCUCUCCGCCGUACGCGGCCCCGGAGCUUUUCCAGGGAAAGAAGUACGACGGGCCGGAGGUGGACGUCUGGAGUCUGGGGGUCAUCCUGUACACGCUGGUCAGUGGCUCCCUGCCCUUUGAUGGACAGAACCUAAAGGAGUUGCGCGAACGCGUUCUGAGAGGAAAGUACCGCAUUCCUUUCUAUAUGUCCACGGACUGCGAGAACCUCCUGAAACGCUUCCUGGUCCUGAACCCGGCCAAGCGUGGUACUCUCGAGGUGAGGGAGGACACCGAAAAUCAAAUCAUGAAGGAUCGGUGGAUCAAUUCGGGAUUCGAGGAGGACGAGCUGAAGCCUUACACCGAACCAGAACUGGACAUCACGGAUCAGAAGAGAAUAGAUGUGAUGGUGGGUAUGGGCUACAACCUGGAGGAGAUCCAGGACUCCCUGGCCAAGAUGAAGUAUGAUGAGAUCACAGCCACCUACUUAUUGCUGGGCAGGAAAGCCUCUGAGCUGGAGCCCAGCGACUCUGCCUCCAGCAGCAAUCUGUCUCUGGCCAAACCCAGACCAAACAGUGAGCUCAACGGCCAGUCGCCGUCCCACCUCAAAGUGCAUCGGAGCGUCUCCUCCAACCACAAACAAAGGCGUUACAGUGAGCAAGUCGGUCAGAACGUUCCUCCAGGGAUGGCUCAUCCAAAGAGAAGCCAGACCACCACAGCUGACAACAGUGCGAAGGACGAAAGUGGAGCUCAGCUCCGGAAACCCGGCAGCCGAGCUGGUCUGCCUUCCAGCCCCUUGCUGGGCAACGCCAACAACCCCAACAAGGCUGACAUCCCUGAGCGGAAGAAAGGAGCCACCACCGCCACGAGCAAUAACUCUGCUUCAGCAGGCAUGACCAGGAGGAACACGUAUGUCUGUAGCGACAGGAACAACGCGGACCGCCUCUCGGUCAUCCCCAACGGGAAGGAGAACAGUGUUGCCGUGUCGCCCGGCGGCCAGAGGAACCCGGUGGCGUCCACCCACAGCAUCAGCAACGCCACCACGCCCGACCGCCUCCGCUUCCCCCGCGGCACGGCCAGCCGCAGCACCUUCCACGGCGGCCAGCUGAGAGACCGCCGCACAGCCACGUACAACGGGCCGCCGGCGUCCCCCACCCUGUCCCACGACGCCACGCCCCUGUCCCAAACCCGCAGCCGCGGAACCAGCAACCUGUUCUCUAAGCUCACGUCCAAACUCACCCGCAGGGUCAGUAUUGACCCGGCCAAACGGCAGAUAGCCAAAACAGGGCCUGCCAACCCUUCUACCCAGGGAGGAAAGACCCUUAAGUCUCAACCGAGUUUGAGAGAAACGGGAGACUUGAGGGCUCAAGAGUCUCAACCGAGUUUGAGAGAAACGGGAGACUUGAGGGCUCAAGUCGCCAUGUACCUGGGGAUCAGAAAGGGGAAAUUAAAGACAGUAAGCCCCGCUCCCUCAGAUUCACUUGGAAUAUGAGAACCACCAGCUCCAUGGAGCCCUGCGACAUCAUGAGAGAGAUCCGCAAGGUGCUCGACUCCAACAACUGCGACUACGAACAGCAAGAGAGUUUCCUGCUCCUCUGCGUCCAUGGCGAUGGGCGGGCCGAGAACCUGGUCCAGUGGGAGAUGGAGGUCUGCAAGCUCCCCCGUCUCUCCCUGAACGGCGUCCGCUUCAAAAGGAUAUCCGGGUCGUCCAUCGCUUUCAAGAACAUUGCUUCCAAAAUUGCCAACGACUUAAAACUAUGAACAAAAGGACUUAAAAGUAUAAGUAAAAAAAAAAAUCUAAAUAAAUUCUAUAUUCAGAGGUAUUUAAGCUGUACAAUCAUCCAAGUAGCAGUUUCCAAAUGUCUCCUUUUUUAAAACAAAACACAGUAUGUAUUGAACAUUAUAAUGUAUAGAUACAGGCUUUUGGCAAUAAUUACUGAAUUAUCUACUAAUGUCUAUUUUGACCACCAGGGGUCGCCAUUAACAAGUUGAAAAUGAUUUGUCAUGCUGUGAAUGUGGAGAAAAAAAACGAAGAAAAAAAGCAUUUCUGGUCUUAUUUAUUUCACCUUUUAUUUUUUUUUCCCUCUUGGUUAAAAAAAAAAAAAGAUGUAGCUUUUUGUUUUUUCUUGUGUAAAUAAUGUAUCUUGCUUUCAAGAUGGCUUCACUGCUACACUUUAAUUUUUUUUUUCUUUUGUAUUUUGUUAAAGGUUAGAGAUAAUGGGACGUCCAUGUUAAUGCCCACAUGGUUAAGGUUCACUCAUGUCUCCAUUAAAGCGUCUGUCAACCUGAA